AUGAUAAAAGCUGGAUUCAAGACAUUGUCGGCCAAAUCGGCUGCUCAAUUGGACGGAGAAUUGAUGUCAACGGGUGCAUUUUCGAUUGAUCAAUUGAUGGAAUUGGCAGGUUUGGCUGUUGCAAAAGCAAUAUAUAAACAGUACCCUCCUUCUACAGGGACUCCCAAUAAAGUGUUGGUUCUUGUAGGUCCGGGAAAUAAUGGUGGUGAUGGAUUGGUUGCUGCUCGUCAUUUGAAAACUUGGGGGUCAUAUGAUCCGGUGUUGUACUAUCCUAAAAAAACCAGCAACCAAUUGUAUUCUAACCUUGUUAAACAAUUGCAAGAUUUACAAGUGGGAGAAUUACAAACAUUAGAAGAGGUGAAAGCAUUGCUUAAUAACAAAGGUGAAGUUAAAUUAAUCAUUGAUUCAUUAUUUGGAUUUUCAUUCAAACCACCAAUUAGAGAACCAUUCAAAGAUUUAAUUAGUUUUCUUUCCGUGAAUCAUGACAAGAUUGCUCCUGUCGUAGCAGUUGAUAUUCCAUCAGGAUGGGAUGUUGACCAAGGUCCUACAGAUAUAGACAUUAAUGCAUCAAUGUUGAUAAGUUUAACUGCUCCAAAACCAUGUGCUGCUAGAUUUGUCGAAAGUGGUAAAGAUAAGGUUCACUAUUUAGGAGGGAGGUUUAUUAAUAAAGAAAUUGCAAAGAAGUAUGAUAUUGAGGAUAUCAUUGACAAGUAUAAAAAUGACGAUUUAAUUGUUAAAUUAUAA